AAUUUUUAUAACAAAAAACCAUUCAUAUGACUUCCGGGAAAAACAAGACACAAAAAUAGUCUGUUUUCUGAGAUGUUGCUGCUGUUAUUGGUGGUGUUUCUAAGUACAGGUGUCCUUGCCGGUACUGAGGAAUAUGAAGGAAGUGAGAUAGAUGCUUCUGACAUAAAACAUGUACAUCUCAUCUUCAUGAAUCAUCUAGAUGUUGGAUAUGCACUGCCCUCUUCUCUUGGAUAUCUUGGAAAUGUGUUGAAUAAAUAUUUCACAGAAUAUUUUCCUCGAGCUAUCAAGGUGGCCUUUGACUUGCCUUUGCUUGGUUAUGUAGAAAGAUUUGUUUACACAACUCAUCCAUGGCUUGUCAGUCUGUAUUUGGACUGCCCACCAAACCUGAUGCUGCCCUCAGGUAUAAAACUUCAGUGUCCUGAUGCUCAGAACAGGUCUAACUUUAUAGACGCAAUAAAUCUUGGAUUAAUAACCUGGCACGCUGGUCCGAUGAAUAUGGAGUUUGAAAUGAUGGAUGAAUCAAUGAAUGAGUUUGGCAUACAACUGAGUUUGGAUCUAGACAAGAGAUUUGGUAUCAACAGAAAGUACAGGACUGUUAGUCAGCGAGAUGUACCAGGAACUACACAAGCUGUCAUUCCGGUUCUGAAGAAGAUGGGUAUAUCUGCUCUGUCUAUUGGUGUAAAUGGGGCUACAUGUCCAGCAGCUGUACCACCUGUGUUUUUGUGGAAAAACGGGAACCAAUCAUUGAUUACUCUCUACCACCCAAGGGGAUAUCCCAAUCAGUAUGGAUCAACACCCAUGAAGCCGGGAGGUCUGUCAAAGAAGGACUGUGCUAUGGUACCUGGUCUGGAUCAUGCCUUGUGUUUUGCUUUCCGCAGUGAUAAUGAUGGACCACCAGUUGACUUUGAGGAAGUAUUAAAUGUGUAUGAGAUUGCAAGAGCACAGUUUCCAAAUGCAAAAAUAAAUGCUUCAAAGUUUGAGGAUUUUGUUGCUGAACUUGUACCUUAUCAGUCAUCAUUACCGGUGUUCACACAGGAAAUGGGCGACGUAUGGAUACAGGGGGCUGGCUCUGACCCCUUAAAGACAGCUUUAUUAAGAGCUCAGUACAGGGUCAGAGCAAAUUGUAUAAAAUCAGGUAAAUGCUCACUAGACGAUCCGAGAGUCUACAAUGCAAGUAGAUUUAUGCUGAAGCUAGCAGAACAUACCUGGGGGUCCAAUGGGGGAAUUGUUGAUGGUAUUCACUGGACAAAUGAUCAGUUCUACAAAAUGCUGAAAAUUCCUCACAGUGGUUUCCAGAAUGCUUCCAGAUAUUGGGAUGAACAGAGAUACAUGACAAACUUGGCUAUUGAAGCCCUUGGUAAUCACACAGUGGUGGAAGACUUAAAACAGGAGUUCAAAAAUAUAAUGCCAAAAUUGCCAGAUAUAACAGAUUUUUCCCAAGUUGAUAUUUCUUCAUCACAUAAAUGUGGGGAGUUUGAACUGAAGUUUGAUAAGCAAGGUGCUCUUAUACAACUCAAAGACCCUAGUGGACAGGACUGGGCCACAACAGAGCGUCCAGUUGGGAAGUUUGUGUACCGUACAUAUAAUCAGACAGAUUUUGACGAAUUUUUCAAUGCUACAACACCAUUCAGCAAAGAUUUCUUCCUGGGAAUAGGAAAACCUAAUAUGACGAAAAACUCUAAAGCAGAAAGUGGAGUCUGGGACACAAAAGUUAAUGCUCUGUUUGCAAGCAAAGAUUCUAGUCAGCUUGUGGUGAUGUUAUCAAUGGUAGAUCCAGUAACAAGAACAUACUAUGGAGCUCCAUUAGAAGUUUCUCUGGAAUAUACCUGCUCAAACACAGGUAUUGACAUAGUACUACAAUGGUUCAGUAAGGUUCCAACACGUUUACCUGAGGGAAUGCAUUUUGUAUUUACACCUGUCGAGAAGCCGGGAUAUAAAUGGUGGGUGAACAAGAUAGAGGAUUUGAUAGACCCACUGAAUGUUGUUGUUAAUGGAAGCCAGAGAUUGCAUGCUAUCAACAGAGGAAUGUACUACAUAGAUAAGAGUGUGAAGGGUAUGGAAGUUGUCUCCCUUGAUGCACCUAUUGUGAAUAUACUGUCGGGAACAGAAUACGUUUCCACGCUUCCGCUUCCUACACCCCAAGUCAAAGAAAUGAAUGGUGUGUCAUUUAAUUUGUACAACAAUGUAUGGGAAACUAACUAUAUAUUCUGGUAUCCCUACAAGGAGGAAGACAUGUCAAGACGUUAUAGAUUCUCUCUCAACUUUAUGUAGCAUUUAGCAAUACAUCUGUUGUAUUAAAUGGAUAGAAUGGCCCAAAUUUGCUCCAAAUAAUUAUAUUUGUUUAUGAAAAAAAAUCAUGAUGAUUCAUCCAUAUUUUGAAACAUUUAAAGUGAAAUUUUGAGCUAGCACAUGGCUCAAAUAGCUUAAAUGACUAUGUUCAUCAUGUAGUAAAACUAUCCAUUCCAUUUAUAACUUCUGAAACUGUGAUAUUUAGCUAGCUUAUUCCAUUUUUACAAAUGUAGCCAACCUAAACAUUAAGUGCUUAAGAGGACCUAGUCUGAUCACCCUGUGUCCAUCUGUUAUUCAACUGUUUAGGUAGCUCUGUAUGUUUGAAACAAAUAUUGUUCUGCAAUAUAGAAUGUUAUUUAAUAAGAAAUAAUAAGUUCCCAAUCAUGGUUUAUCCUAGAAUAACCAGUGUUUUGAGUUCUUAUGCAUUCUUAGGCGUAGGCCUGAGUGAUAUAUUGUUUCGCAUAAGAACAAAAAACUCUGGUUAUUCUAUGAUAAAUCACACUUGGGAACUUAUUAUUUCGAUUCUAACAUGACACACUAGUAUCAACAGUGUUAGAAAAAAUUGUAACUACUUUUUACAACCGUGCUAUGCACCUGGAUCAGAUGACGUCAUUGCACGCAAGUGGUUUAUUGCAGAAUAACCCCGAGAUAAAUUUUGCUCUACAUGUAUGUAGGUUAUUUGCUGGUCAUGUUAGAAUAAACAGUAUAUUGUAUCUGAAGAAAAUUCAGACAAUAAAGAAGAGGUCAUUGUGCUUGAUGUUCUGAAAUCUGAAUGAAAAACAUUUGAGUCGUGCCAUGAGAAAACCAACAUAGUUGGUUUGCGACCUGCAUGGAUCCAGACCAGCCUGCGCAUCCGCGCAGUCUGGUCAGGAUCCAUGCUGUUCGCUUUUAAAGCCUAUUGGAAUUGGAGAAACUGUUAGCGAACAGCAUGGAUCCUGACCAGACUGCGCGGAUGCGCAGGCUGGUCUGGAUCCAUACUGGUCGCAAACCCACUAUGUUGAUUUUCUCAUGGCAUGGCUCAUUAAUGUUUGCCUUAGUAAAAUGUCAGGAAGAUUUGAUACUUGGUCAUCAUAGUUCAAAGACUAGUUUUCUAUGUCUAAUUAUAGGAAAACCUCGUUAAACCCUAGAGAUAACUUUUUCUAUUAGAUAUUCAUAAUAUAUGGUCAGAAUGUAAACCAUGUCUUUACUGCAUCUAGUCGAGUUUUAAUCUGAAUCAAAUUUAGUUAAAAAAUCCCGUAAGUCUCUAAUUCAAACUGUAUAAAAAAACUUGUAUACACACAAAAGCAUUCAUUAUUUUCUAGCAAAUCUUCUUAAUUGAAACAAUGUCAGAAUGUCUGACUAUGAAUUUUGGUUAAAGUUCGAAAUUGAAUCAUCUGUUGUCAAUUACUAUGUCAUAGAGAAUUUUUGUUAACACUCUAGAACCCAAAUUUUCAACCUGUUCUCUUUUAGAAAUCUAGACAUCUUAAGUCAAAACUUGGACAGGUCAUUGAUACGGGACUUUAUGGCUAAUCCUUGCGUGUAUCAGUGCUAUACACUGGGCACGUUAAAGAACCAGGCUGUCUAUUCGAAAUGAGCUAGGCUAAGUUAGCUGGACAAGCCUGUAUCUGAUUUCUGAUCUCUCUGUCGUGGGGGCUUUGUCUCACUCUGUCCCUCUGGUCAGAUCGCUCUGUGUCUGUACUAGUAGAGAAUGAAUAAUGCGCCCUGUGUGGCUGCAUUUGAACUAUGUAAAGCGCCUUUGAACGUGAAAUUGAUCAUGAAAAGGGCGCUAUAUAAAUCUGGUAUAAUAAUAAUAAUAAUAAUAAUAAUGGCGCUCUUGUUUUGGAGUGGAAAGUCAAUAAUUUUGCAGGAAUGUGUGUUUGACUGCUUUCAUUGUAACCUGCAUUUUUGUCUUAUCAUUGAUGAAUGAAAGAAUAAUUUAAUUUUAUCAAAAUUGAUUGAAUGUGUCCUUGCUAAUCUUUGAAGUUAGAAUCUCUUAUGAAAAAGUCUCAUAAAAUUCUGCAAAGGGACCUCUGUGACCACAAACAUAGCAGGAUUACAUUAAAUUGAAUGUUUUAUUAUUCAUUUUCUAAUUUUAGAUGAGAAGAAAUAAUAUUGAAAAGUAGGUAAAAGUCCUAGUGUUAAAUUAUGUGCUGGAAUAUAGCAUUUGGUUACAAAAAUAUAAUGAAGUUCAUGUACUAUGGGAGGUAAUCCCUGCAAGGAGUUUUGGUCACAAAUAUAGCAUAGUGCUGGGUGAGGAGUUUUGGUCAUGAAAUAGCAUAAUAAAGUUUAAAUAUUACAGGAGGUAAUCCCUGCAAGGAGUUUUGGUCACAAAUAUAGCAUAGUGCUGGGUGAGGAGUUUUGGUCAUGAAAUAGCAUAAUAAAGUUUAAAUAUUACAGGAGGUAAUCCCUGCAAGGAAUUUUUGUCAUGAAAUGGCAUAGUGCUGUUUGAGGUAAUCCCUGCAAGGAGUUUUGGUCAUGAAAUAGCAUAAUGAAGUUUGUGGCAUAAAGUUCAUAGAUUUUAUGAUCUGAUGAUGAAUUUGUAUCUUUUCUUGUUAGUAUCCUGAUAUGCUUAGAUGUGAAGAUAAAAUACUGUUUUUUUUUUCAUUGUUUAGCUGCCUAACUUUUUGCAGCUGACCUCAAAUAUUUGUUUUCUUUCUUUAACUUAAAUCUCAUUUGGCUGUUUUCAUAAGGAAUUUCUUAGUCACUGAGACCUUGUUUUGUUUUAUCAAAUUAGUAUUAUAUAGAAGAAUAUGACCGUGCUCCUCUAACCCAUCCUUCCCCUUACACUAAAAAUGUGCUUUAAUAGUCUACCCUAGAGUACUGUGUGUGGAUAUAUUACAUUUCCGAAAGAUAGAUAAGAGUUGUAGAGGAUGCAUGCUGUGUCUGUGCUAUCUAAGUGCAAUAUUUUCAAUAUUUACAUUGUAAAUACUUCUUUUUUUAAAUGAAUUUCUAAGCGAAAAUUGACAGAGAUUGUUUCCAUAAAAAAGUUUUAUCUUGGAAAAAAAUGUGCUUGUAUAAACAUGUGCCUCUAGAUUUAUGUUAUGUAUUAUGCAAUACCAAACAAAAAUGAUAAAAAGAGUUUCUUUUGCAAUGAUUCUGUUACAUUGUUCCAUGCAGUAUCUGUUUCUAAAAUCACUUGUAUAGUUUGUAAAAUAUGUUCAAUUUUUUAUGGUUAUUAGCUGUGUAAGUUGUGUAUUAAAUAUCUCAGAUAAUACAGAAUUAAUUUAUAAAAUUGUGUACUUAAUUGGUAUAUGAUACUUGUUAGAUAUCAACUUAAUUGAUACAGCUUUGAUCCAGAGGUUGUUGAUUAAAAUCCUGUUGAGAGCUGACUUUGACCGCGGUCUCUGCAAUUCCUUUUGAAGGAGGAAGCCGUCAUCAAGUGUAGCUAACACAUGUUGUGAUAACUCUCCAGUCAGUGUAAAAUGAACAGUUUUACAGUAUCUAGCAUACAUAAUUUAAUAUAUAAAUGGCCACUUCAUAAUUUAUGCCAUAUGGCUGUUCUUUAUUUGACACAUACAUGUACAUGCGGGGCUGAAAUCAAAUUUUAUAAAGUAUUGUGAAAAUUAUUUCUGUAGCCAAAUAUUAAAACAUUUAUUGGAUGCUUAAUGAUAUUUGUUAGUUUAUAUAGACAUUGUUAUCAGUUUGAGAAACUUCGAGGUACAUUAAGAGGUAUGCCUCUUUAAAGAUACAGUUAAACCUGUAUCAACCAGUCAGCCAAGAGAGUGACAUAUUCUGGCUGCCUAAGUUGAAAUUAGAACCAAAAGUCAUUUUGGGAAGUUCGCUGACUGGCUGAUUAAGGCAAGUGACUGCAUAAGAUGGGCAGCCACUAAGGCAUUUUCAGUUUUAGUUGAUCAUGUUUAACGUCUGAUUAUGCUUUCUUUCCAUUGUUUAUAUAUUUUAUACUAACCUUCUUACUAUUCUUUUAGCUUUCUGCUUUAAUUGAAACCCUAAGUGAAAUUAAUUGAUAUAUUGUAGGCUUUAUCCUUCAUACUUAUAACAGCGCAUUUGUGGAAUUCUUCACACAUUUAGACAAACGUGUUGUAAAGAAUAGAGUAAAUGUUCAACAAAAUCAAAAAGUGCAAAGAACUCUCUUUAAAUAUUUCAUUUUACAACCUCAGUCACAAAAAUACAGGCAAAUGUUUUUUAAUUACUUAAAGACAUGGUAAAAGAGUUAUAUAUAAUAUUUGGAUUUUGCAUUUCCUUCCUUAGAACAAUACAUAUGCGUAUUUAUACAUUCUAAGCAGCUACUUACAUUUCUGUGACUUGAGGUUGUAAAAUUAAUAAAAUGGUAUUAUAGCAUAAUAUACUUGAUUUUGUUAAAGUUUUAAUUUGUUAUUAAUAUGCUGUUUUUAGCUCACCUGUCACGUAGUGACAAGGUGAGCUUUUGUGAUCACAUUUUGUUCAUCGUCCGUCAUUCAUCCGUCGUCUGUCGUCCAUUCACAAUUUCUUGUGAACACAAAAGAGACCACAUUUUGCAAUCAGUUUUAAUCAAACUUACACACAACUUGUAUUGGCAUAAUAUCUCGGUUCCUUUCGAAAACUGGCCAGAUCCCAUUAUGGGUUCCAGAGUUAUGGCCCCUUGAAGGGCAAAAUUUGCUAUUUUUGGCUUGUGAACACAAUAGAGACCACAUCUUGCAAUCAACUUUAAUCAAACUUGCACACAACUUGUAUUGGCAUAAUGUCUUGGUUCCUUUCGAAAACUGGCCAGAUCCCAACAUGGGUUCCAGACUUAUGGCCCUUAAAGGGCCAAAAUUUGCUAUUUUGGCUUUGCAGCCAUAUAGAGACUUCAUUUUUGGUUUGAUUUGAUACAAGUUUGCAAUCCCAUGAUGAAUCUGUCAGAUCCUGUCAUAGGUUCCAGAGUUACGGCCCUUGAUUGACCCCUGAAAGAGCCAAAAUCUGUUAAUUUUUACAUUGUGAACACGAUAGAAGUGACAUUUUAUAUUUGAUUCUAACCACACUUACACACAAUUUAAGUCACAGUAAGAUAUCAGUUCCUUUCGAAAACCAGCUAGAUUCCAUCAUGGGUUCUGGAGUUACUGGCCCUGAAAGGGGCAAAAUUUUCUAGUUUUAGCACUUUCAGCCAUAUAGAAGUUUCGUUUUUGCUUUGAUUUGAUACAGACUUGCACAGAAUGAUUAUCUUGAUAAUUUCUAGGCCUGGAUCGAAACGGGGUGAUGUCGGGUCAAAAACUAGGUCAUCAGGUCAAAUCAAAGGAAAAGCCUGUUAACAACCUAGAGGCCACAUUUAUGACCCUAUCAUCAUGAAACUUGGUCAGAAUGUUUAUUUUGAUGAUUUCUAGGCCAGACUUGAAACUGGGUCAUAUGGGGAAAAAAACUAGGUCACUCGGUAAAAUCAAAGGAAGAGCUUGUUAACAUUCUUGAGGCCCUAUUUAUGACCCUAUGUUCAUGAAAUUUGGUCAGAAAGUUUAUCUUGAUGAUUCUUAGGCUAAGUUUGAAACUGGGUCAUAUGGGGUCAAAAACUAGGUCACCGGGUCAAUUCAAAGGAAAAGCUUGUGAACACUUGUUCAUUUGAUGUGCAUGAAUUUGUGAGCAUGAAAUAUAGGAUGAAUUUUUAUCUGGGUCAUGUAGAGUCAAAAACUAGGUCACCAGGUCAAAUAAAAGAAUAAGCUUGUUUACACUCAAAAGGCCACGUUUCUUGGUCCAAUCUAAUUAUCUUAAUGAAAAUUGUUCAGAAUAUUUGUCUCCAUGAAAUCACUAGGUAAAACAUGUUUACUCUGUUACUGUUUGUUACUCAGGUGAGCGACUUAGGGCCAUCUUGGCCCUCUUGUUAUAAGUAUAUCAGAUAUUUCAUGAAUGUACAUUUAGAAUGACGAAAUAAACUGCAAAAACUAUU